AUGACUACAUUACUGCUACAAGUUCUUCUACUAGUAUUACAAGUUCAAUUGACUAUUUCUUCAUAUUGUGGUGAAGACGGAAUUCCUUUCAGCUUACAGGCACUGUCAAGUGGACAACCAGUGCUUGGCUGCGCAAGACCUAACUGCUUUGGUUGGGGUCACAGAACUGAUAAAGGUGCGCGAUUCUAUCGCAUAAACAAAAGAAAUGAUGGUUUCAUGCGCAAAGCCGAUUUGAAAAAGUACGAAAAAGUGAAAGUUACCGCGCAUCAAUCACAGCUCGCCGUUUGUUUUAUUUUGAGUGAUGAUAUUGUUUUUCUCGUAAAAGUAUGCGAAAAAGCUUAUACCAGUCCUUCAUGUAAUGAAUAUACACAAUGGGUUGGAGGGAUCUCACCUCUUAUUAAUGCUACCACACAACGGCUGCUCUUACAGUGUUGCACAUUUGACAAGUUGAAGGAUUCAUGGGAACGAGGAGUCGCUGAUGUGGCCCCGGGGCAGAUCGUUGUCGGAGGUGAGGUCAUGAAUGGCGAACGACAAUAUGCUUUCGAUUACAUAGCGAACAUCAAAAAAAUAGUCAACAACAACAAGAUAUGCGUACCCUAUCCAACAAAACCUGACCUACAAGUAGAAGGAAAUGCGCAAUCGUUCAUUUUAAGCAAAAUGUCAACAAAUGAAGUACAAAAUGAACCAAAAGUAUCAAGUGAGCAACAGUAUACGAUAUCAAAUGGUACAGUGGAUUCGUCACGCGCACCACUUUUUGGAAGCGUCAAUAGCAAUUCACAACUGCUCCUUCCAUUAUUUGGUGCCAUUUCACCAUCAAAUGUUAUGGCAUCAGCGCCUCAAAAUAAUACAACCUUCGUGCAGCUGUCGCAGAUGCAAUCAACUUUACCACUUCUUCCUUCUCUACCGAUUCUACCGUUAAGUGGUUUCUCUCUGAAUCCUACGCAGCAGUCAUAUGGCACACUUGAUCUUAGUACUGGCCCACAAGCGAACAAUCCAUCAUCGGUACUUAAGCAAGCAGUUGAUAAUACUGGGAAUCAGCCUCACGAAGCACCUCAGCAAGGGAUCGAUUAUACUGGACAUCAACCUCGAGCGAUACCUCAGCCGCAACCUAUGCUAUUACAGCAAUCUUCUGGACUGAAUUUCCCACUGCCAUCACCACCAUCUCAGCAAUCACUUCUGCAACCUUUGCAAACACAAUCUUCACAGUUCCCAACAUUUCCAUCAUUAGGUCAGCUUAAUCUUCCUUUUUUUCCUCCUCCCCAAAAUCUAGGAGGCUGA